AUGAGACUGCCUACACCAAAUUACUUGGCUGCUAGUUUUUACUCGGAAGCAAGCAAUUUCCCACCAGCAGCUACAACACCUAGGUCGGCCUGCGCUUUCGAAGCCACCACCAUGGGGGGAAACCCGGACCCAAGGAGUUCGGAGGAAAUCCAGGAGAUAAUUGCGCAGUUGCUGCAAAAGUUGCCGCAGAAUGAGCGUCCACAGGUUCUGCGCCGUCUGGUUGACAUUUACGGCAUCAGAGAGACAAGUGACGAAUUAUCUGGAAUCGCUUCAAACGGUCAACGUGCCAAGCGCGCGAAAAAGCCAUCUCAAAUCUCUCAAAGAAGCGCUGCGGGCGACUCUGCCUCACCCUUCUCUACCCCAGGAGCGGAACCGGUGCUGGACAAGGAAGGCCAUCUUUGUGGUUUCUGUAAAGAGAUGGACCAUGUGGUCGUCUGCGCCAGGAAAAAUGAUUUGAAGCGGCACAUGGGCGACUUCCAUCACAUUGUUACAGAGUUCAUCUGCCCAGUGGAAGAUUGCACGUUCAGGACCGAGUCGAAGAAACGAUUUUCACAACACAUCAAGAUCGACGGACGUCACAAGCAAGUCGUUUCGAAUAAUGAGAUGCAUGUUCACGAGAAUACCGUCUGCGAGCCAUUUGUGUUUGCCUGUGGAUUCGACAACUGUUCGGUGUUGUUGGAAGCCCCCCCUGAGGGUGACGGCGGCAAGACAUUCCGAGAAUAUAUCGAACAUGUGAUUAAACACUAUGACGAAGAGAAGUGUGCCAAUUGGUCAUACUCGACGAGGAUUCGAAAUCUUUUGCGUCAGAGCCGCAUGCAAGGGGCAUUGCAAAACGUUGACCUGAGCAGCUUGGAAUGGGGUUGGAACCGCUCCACAGACCUGCGGAGAGACCUGAUCACCGGCACCAUCGAUAAUAAGACAGGAAUGUUGCAACGCGCAAUCCACACAUCAGGAAAUCAUGGAAGAGAUGAUAUGCAGAGGAGACCGAUGCUGGACAUGCCGAGGACUGUGGCAGCACGACCAAAAGAAAUAGGCAGGAGACGAAACCGCAUCCGAAGGAGCCCAGUUAAUGCAACCGCACCUGCACAAUACGACUGCAGCUCGUCUUAUCAUACUCAUAUUCCUGAACCUCUCGCAGCUCCAGACAUGGCCUUGGGGAGAAGUAGCGAUCCUUCGCCCUCGCCAGUGACCUACCACAACGGUAUGCACACUACUCCACCGACAACGAUGGGAGAGGUGAUGCAUCACGUAUACGCGGGAGGCUCAUCAGAGGUUUUUAUGGGAGCUGAUGUCAGUCCGCUUGAUCCUCAAUUGUACCCUGGUGUGCCUGCGCAGCACGGAUAUCCUUCGCAGCGCGAAUUGCCGGCCUUUGGCAUGCACGAUGGGUAUGCCAUGAUAGAUGUUGAGACUGGAUUUUUACGGCCGGGCAUGAACAAUCACAAGUUCUGA